CAGACAAUGAAUGAGAAGAACCAGACGUUGGUCAGUGAGAUUGUUCUCUUGGGAUUUCAGAAUCUCCACAACUUCAAGAUUCCCCUGUUCUCUCUGUUCCUUCUGAUUUAUAUUAUGACAGUUUGGGAGAAUUUCCUCAUCAUAGUGUUGGUGUCCUCCAGACAGAACCUCCAGUCUCCCAUGUACCUCUUUCUCCAACAACUGUCCCUAUGUGACCUUCUAGGCUCCACAGUUAUUGUACCCAUCCUGCUACAAACUGUAAUGAAUGAAGGAGCCACAAUGUCCCUUGUUGGGUGCAUCACUCAGUUGCAUUUUUUUUGCACCUCAGAAACGUUUGAGUGUUUGCUUCUAGCAGUAAUGUCCUAUGACAGAUAUGUGGCCAUCUGUAUCCCACUGCGUUACUCUUCUAUAAUGUCCCACAGGGUUUGUACUAAAUUAAUUCUCAUGUCAUGGGCUCUUGGCUUUGGCAUAACAGUCAUUUCAGUGAAUCUAAUAAGUACACAGCAGUUCUGUGACCAAAAUACCAUUAACCAUUUCUUCUGUGAUUUAUUUCCUCUUCUAGAACUUUCCUGCUCAGACACUUUCUUAGAGAAAUUAGAAGUAACCAUAGUUACUAUCCCUGUGGUAAUUGUUCCACUUAUUCUCAUCACUGUAUCAUAUAUGUGUAUUGCCCAUGCAAUCCUAAAGAUAGUGUCCAAUACCGGGAGACAAAAAGCCUUCUCCACCUGCAGCUCCCACUUGGCUGUGGUCUCCAUAUUUUAUGGGACUCUCAUUGCUAUUUAUGUGGCUCCAUCCAGAAACCAAUCACAGACCCUAAGCAAAACUCUCUCUUUGCUAUACACCACAGUUAUUCCCUUGGUUAACCCACUUAUUUACAGCCUGAGAAACAAAGACAUGAAUUAUGCCAUUAAGACUCUAUGA